AUGUUCUCCAAAGCCGCCAAUUCGACGCCGGCCGUCCCUUCUCGCAAUGCCCUCCGUGUUCUCCGCCAAUUGGCCUUCGCUGGGUCCGUGGGAACCUUCUGCACCGUUGGUGCCAUCAGCUACGAUGUCCACCGACGGAUUCGCGUGGCUGAGCAGAUCAUUGAGAAUAAACGUACGAUCCGGACCUCCGCACCGAACUACGAUGCCACAGCUUCUGCCAAUCGUCUUGCGCUCAUGAUGGAGGCGGCAGAAGCUGGUGAGUUUCUGGGCUUGGAUUCUCUGAAGCACAAGUCGUCACGAAACCAGAAGAGGUCUGCGCUUGACGUGGAUCACGGUGCCCUUGAACAAAAUAUUGACGACCCUCUCCCUACGACCCUCCCCUCCCGAAAUCUUCGACCCACGCUGGCAAUCCGCCCCACUUCGCUGAAGAACCUCGCAAGAGAAUACCAAGACCCAGCGAACGAUCACCAAAAUCAAAUUGCAUUGGCUAGAGAGCGUGAAGAGGACGAGACCCGACGCGCAGAGGGUAAGCCUACAUUGGACGAAUCAAUACAAAAUAUGUUGGUGGAACGACGGGCGGUAGAUGCUGCCAAUCUGUUUCUUAAGGUGGUUCCUUCAAAUGGAGAUGAAGCGAUCUCCUGGAGCAGACGAGCUCUUGGCUAUGAGAUCUACUCGGCAAACUGCUUGCAAGGCAAUGUUUUUAUUGCUCGUUCUAUGUUCCAUCGUCUUGAGAAGGUGUCGAUAAUUGACACAAACUUGUGGGCCACCAUGAUACAUAUGCUUGCGAAGGCAGGACACGUCGAAUCUGCGGCCGUGAUAUAUGAAAAGUAUCGCUUUAAGUACACUAUUCCGGUCUAUUUGCUGGAAGUGACUCUCCGAUGUCUUAUUGAAUCGAACCGGUUGAGUGCUGCCAAGUGGCUCUUCUACUCCAAUAUCAAACAUGAUGAAAACGGCGGUCUAUGCGGAGCAUAUCUUGAUGGCCUCUGGAGAAAGACCCACAGUGUUGAAUUGGUCAGCAAGGAAUUCCGAAAGAUUGUGGCCAGUCUUAGUGAACUCGAGAGAAAUCCUACUGAAAAGGUGUUUAACGCAUUGGUCAAAGCAUAUGUGGAUGCGGGACAAUACGAGGAUGCGGAGGCCAUUAUUCAUGACAUGGAAACGAAAUACGGUGCCAAACCCGGCUGCCGUACUCUUGGUCUGUUAUUGUAUGGCAAAGCCUUACAGUGCGAUUGGAUUGGUGUUCUCAGCGGAAUGCGUGAAAUGCAUGAGCUUGGAUUCACAAACCAGAAGCAGAACUUCUGCCAGGUCUUCGAUCGACUCUGGCUGGAAUUUUGGCCUUCUCACUCUGGCUCUGAGAUUUGGAGUUUCCUCGAGACCUGCAUCACCGAGUUCAACAUCAAACCUGAUAAAGUUCUCCAUCGUCACUGCAUCGAAGGACUGGUCGAACGAUGCGACCCCGAGACCUUGGCAGAGUUUAGUAGAAUGGCGGAAAAGCACAAAUGGAAUACUGGAAUUGACCACGAUGCAACCAUGAGAAUCCUCGAAGCACGUCGUCUGGCCAUGCAAAAAAGCCCAGUGGGAUUUUGGAAAAUGCUCCAGUCAGCCAAGAAGCAAUAUGGAAUGGUCUCUAUGUCCCGGCGAAUCAUGGGCGUUGGGGCAGAAUACUAUAACAUCGAAAAAGAUAAAUUGACCCCGAUUGGUGAUCAAGCCAAGCGAACAGAGGGUCAAAUUGUCAAGACUCUUUCCAAGAGUUCUGUCAACUUAUAUGUUCCAAUCACCAAGCGAAUGGAGCAUUAUAUCCAUGUUGGCAAAUUCACCGAGGUACAAGACCUCUUCCAACAAGGUCUCGACAGAGGUUUCAGCCCCAAGCCGCUUCACAUCCAGCUUGUCAUCAUUGCAACCCUCCUUCACAAAGGCAUGGGCGGUCUUUCGGAUGCCAAGCACAUAAUCAAGAAGCAUUGGACAGAAUUCACCAAACGCCCAUCGUACCGAUACACCGAGCGCACCCCCCGUUUCGUCCCAAUUUUCUUCCAGCAGGUUAUGCAGCUUGACCGCCGUCUCGUGAGCGAAAGCACCUUGAUCAAAUUGGCCCUCUUCGAAUUCUAUGAAGUAUGCGCUCGAACCGAAAGAUUCACUGUAAAACAUCAUUGCUCAGCCGCUGUUGCUCGCCGAAUGAUCGCGCUUCAUCGUCCCCUCGUCGCCGUGAACCUCCUCACAGCUGUCUACAUGUCUAAAUGGCGUAAGAAUUACGGCUUCGACCACGUCCAGCUCAAGAUGUUUAUUCGUGCCUUCACAUAUGUCAACAACCCUCGUGGCGUAUGGUGGUGCAUGAUGACCCAUCUCGCUCGUGCAGAACCAAUUCACCGCGACUUUCUCGUCGAAGUUGAACGCCUAACCUCUGUAUGGGAAUCGAGAUUUUCCCCGACUACCAUGGAGACACUGCGAGGGCUUAUUUCCGUUCUGAAACAGAAACACGACGGAAGCCAAUACUGGAUGGAAAUCAAUGCCGAUCCCGAGCGGAAGAAGCAAGCGCGAGCUCAGCUUUACAAGCCGCCGGGCAAAGCCCUGGAGCUGCCCAUAUCUACGACGAUCGAAGAAGCAAUUGUCGAGUUCGAUGAAGAGAUGGAGUUUGAAUAUGUCAUUGACCGAAAGCAGUUCACCAAUAGGGAGUUGGACUAUUGGUGGAGUGAGGGAUUGGUGGUACAAUCCAAUCGCAGGCAACCGGAGCAUCCACAAUACCCUGUACAGCCUCACCUCAACCCCCAUGGCAAACCGGAUGUCAAAGCGAAGCCGGUGGCCGUGUCGCUGUAA